AUGAAGCAGAUCGAGCAAAAGAUCAAGAAGCAGCAAUACUAUAGCCUUGGUGACAUGCGCAAGGAUGUCGAUCUUAUGUUCAGCAACUGUCAAACGUACAACGAAGAGGCAUCGCUUCUGUACCAGGAUUCCCUCACCCUUCAGAAAUACUUCCACGAGGAGUUGCAGAAGGAGCUUAAGAAGCACCCGGAGUUGCAAGAGCUCGAGGGCGGCGACGGUGCCAAAGAGACUUCUGUGGCACCCAGUGCAAGUGCGAGCGUCGGAACGCCCCAACCCGUAACAUCUGCCACGAGAAUCAAGUUGAUCUCUUCGACUUCCAACGGCGCCAAAGAAGCGAAUGGAGGAAGCAACGGGGGAAGCAACGGUGCUCAGAGCGACCAGGAGUAG